AUGGCCAAAGGCUAUUUUGUAGGGCGAGAUAACGUGACACGGAUAUCAAGGGUAAUGCAAUCAUCAUAUAUUGGAGUUUGUAGUUUGAGAACCACACAUGUUUUGGAUGAGUUUCAUCCACUUUGUGACAAAGUCAAAAUCAUCAUCACAAACUCGUUCCACUUCCUUCUCUGCCUUUUGGAGUAUUGUAACAUGUCUUCUCUAGCAACAGCAGAGAUAUGUGACACAAACAUAUCACAUCUAUCAACUGGUGAUUUAAGGAUACUCCAUCCAGUGUUCCAGAUAUAUGGUCAGUCACAAGCAUUCUCAGGCACAAUAGUUACUGUAAAAGUGUUUGAAGACAAUGUUUUGGUUAGAGAACUUCUUGAAACGAAAGGAGAAGGAAGAGUUUUGGUAGUUGAUGGAGGUGGAAGCAUGAGGUGUGCUUUGGUUGGAGGGAAUUUGGUGCAGUUGGCUCAAAGCAUGGGUUGGUCAGGAAUUGUUGUGAAUGGUUGUGUUAGAGAUGUGGAUGAGAUUAAUUUGUGUCAAGUUGGUGUUAGAGCUUUGGGUUCUCAUCCACUUAGGUCGAAUAAAAAAGGUUUUGGGGAGAAACAUGUUGGUGUUUAUGUUGGAGGAAGUUUUAUUAGGGAUGGUGAAUGGCUUUAUGCAGAUAAUGAUGGUGUCAUUGUAUCCAAAUUUGAGUUGUCAAUCUGA